AUGCCACCUCGAUCUGCUGAGCCCAAAUACACGGCGCCGGGAGGUCUACUUCCGCCUAUCAUCUUGACCCAUGAACAGUCUCGCUUCCCACUGGGCAUCUCCGAGGGUCACAAUUUUCCCGGAUGUCUGGUCGAUGCGAUCCUGCCGUUGUGCGGGAGCAGGUCAAGCGCCCUGGUAAAUAUCCCCGUGGUCAAAUACCUCAUUUCACGCAAGGCCCAGUUGAAUGUCGUAGGUUCAUUGCGCGGUGGUCCGCUGCACUAUGCCAGUUGGGCCUCGACUCUCGAAAGGGUAAAAGUGCUCGUUGCUCCCAGCGCGGAUAUCAACCUAGUCGAUGGAAGUAGGCAACUAUCUGCUGAGCUUAGAGGAGCUGGAAGUCAACACAGCUGGGAGCAUGCGGGGCUCUAUUCUCAAUUGAACCUGUCUCGAGUCCCCGUGGAAUUUGUCACGGCUCUGUUAGAGAAGGGAGCCCGCAUCGAGCAGCCGGACGUCCAGGGCCACACAGCAAUGCAUAUGGCGGCUGACAAAGUUUCUGCGAAACUCAGUGUCAAUUGUUCUAGAAUCCGGAUUGCGUUCGAUUUCGGCGCUAACGGCUAA